CCCACAGGGGUAAGGUCGAGCUUCUCACUUUCCCUCCAGUGAAGCUUGGCGGCAUGGGAAGAAUUUUGGCAGUGUCGAGGUCUGAGUUUUAGUGCGUUCCCCUCUCUGGGCAUCAGUUUCUCCCUGGCAGCCCUUCGCUGGUCCCUGCAAGCCCGUGGACACUGCCGGAGAUGUCCUCUUUUGGUUUCGGGACCCUGACCGUGGCCCUCUUUGCCCUGGUCUGCUGUUCAGGAUCUGAUGAGAAGGCAUUUGAGGUACAUAUGAGGCUAGAGAAGCUGAUAGUAAAGCCCAAGGAGUCCUUCGAGGUCAACUGCAGCACCACCUGUAACCAGCCUGAAGUGGGUGGUCUGGAGACUUCUCUAAAUAAGAUUCUGCUGCUCGAACAGACUCAGUGGAAGCAUUACUUGAUCUCAAACAUCUCCCAUGACACGGUCCUCUGGUGCCACUUCACCUGCUCUGGGAAGCAGAAGUCAAUGAGUUCCAACGUCAGCGUGUACCAGCCUCCAAGGCAGGUCUUCCUCACACUGCAGCCCACUUGGGUGGCCGUGGGCAAGUCCUUCACCAUCGAGUGCAGGGUGCCCGCCGUGGAGCCCCUGGACAGCCUCACCCUCAGCCUGCUCCGUGGCAGUGAGACUCUGCACAGUCAGACCUUCGGGAAGGCAGCCCCUGCCCUGCAGGAGGCCACAGCCACAUUCAGCAGCAUGGCUCACAGAGAGGACGGCCACCACAACUUCUCCUGCCUGGCUGUGCUGGACUUGAUGUCUCGCGGUGGUGAAGUCUUCUGCACACACUCAGCCCCGAAGAUGCUGGAGAUCUAUGAGCCCGUGCCGGACAGCCAGAUGGUCAUCAUCGUCACAGUGGUGUCAGUGUUGCUGUUCCUGUUCGUGACAUCUGUCCUGCUCUGCUUCAUCUUCAGCCAGCACUGGCGCCAGCGGCGGAUGGGCACCUACGGGGUGCGAGCGGCUUGGAGGAGGCUACCCCAGGCCUUCCGGCCAUAGCACGCAUAAGUGGCAUGGCUGCCGCCAUGGUGGUCACUGGAACUCAGUGUGACUCCUCAGGGUUGAGGUCCAGCGCUGGCCGAAGGACUGUGACAGGCAGCAGGGACUCGGGACAUUGCCUUUUCUAGCCCGAAUACAAACACCUGGACUUA